AUGGCCUCCGAAUCGCCCUACACCAAAGCGCUCGCCGCCAUCGACGCCGCGCACGCCCUCGACCCCACCAAAACCCCCAUCAACGGCGAGGACGUGCCCUACGAACUCCACUACGCGCGCAAAUGCACCUCCUACCUCGAGAAGCGCGCCCCAGACGCGCCCGAGCACCUCCGCCUCGCCAUCCGCGCCCAGCACUUCCGCCGCUGGGAAGUCCCGCGCGCCUCGUACCCCAUGACGCGCGUCGGCUACCACGCGUGGCGCACGUUCCUCAAGAAGCGGCAGGCCGAGCUGGUCGAAGCCAUCUGCGCGGACGCGGGGUGCGCGGAGGAGACGACGCGGCGCGUGGGCGCGCUGAUGCGCAAGGAGGAUCUGAAGGCGGACGAAGAGACGCAGGUGCUGGAGGACGUGGCGUGCUUGGUGUUUCUGGAUGAUCAGUUUGAGGCGUUUGAGCGCGAGCAUGACGAGGAGAAGAUCAUUGGCAUUUUAAGGAAGACGUGGGGGAAGAUGACGGAGAGGGGGCAUGAGCUGGCGCUGGAGAUUCCGAUGGGGGAGCGGCCCAAGGAGGUUAUUACGAAGGCGUUGGCGGGGUAG